CUGCUGAUUCUGUGCAGCGCUCUGUAGGGUAUGACUCCUUGCGUCAAUCUAUCCUCCCUCUCGUCUCGGACACCAAAACAGUAGAGCAGACACUCGGCUUCCUCGUCGCCCUCGGUGUACACAACUUCUCGCUCUCAGCAAUGUUCAUCGGCCCCGACGAGUUCUCGUACGAGUCCGUCGACACCCAACUGGAGGACGCCGAGCCGAUGCUCAAAUUCAUCCGACACCCGCGGGCGUUCCGCGUGCUCUUCGCGUCCAUGGACCACUUCCCGGAGCCCAAGGCCGGCCGGCUGCGCUACACGACGCUCAAGCUGCUGGACAGACUGACGUUCCACAGCCACCGCAACCACGCCGUGCUCACGAGCCUCGACCUCAUCGGCCCCCUGUUCGACCUGUACCACGCCAGCGGCGGCCCCAGCCCCGCGCGGAUCCUUGUUAGACAGGAGCGGCAGGCGGUGCUCCGGGUGCUCAAGCGCCUCAUGGAGCUGGGCUCGGACACGACGGUUGCGCGGACGAUGUUCCAACGGGCGGUGAACGAGGACGACAGCCUGAACGGCGAGGUCCUCGAGCUGCUGCGUGCGGGAAUGAAGACGAGGUGGCCGGAGCACAUGUCUAUGGAAGAUGCGGCCGCCAUCAGCGUUCCCAUUGGAUUGAGGAGUCUGCCCGGCGGUGGCUUUACGUUCAUGGCCUGGCUCAGAAUCGAGAAGUUUCCUGUCGAGAAGCCGCAGAGUUUGUUCUCGUUCGUCGUGGCGGGGUCGCCCGUGUUCUCGAUGCAGAUCUAUCCCGAUGGUGUCCUCGGCUGCAGAAGCAAUGUGGCGAGAGAGCUGCCGAACUUCAAAUCUAGGCUGCAACCUGCUCGGUGGACACAUCUCACGCUGGUGCACUACCCACACAGGGCCUCGGCGCCAACAGUCCGUUUGUAGUCUUUAU